ACACCUCCGUCAUCUCUCUCUCUCUCUCUCUCUCUCUCUCUCUCUCUUCCACGAUGGACAUAGCCGUUGAACGGAGACGGAGGUGGCGUUCGCCGGAGCAGCCGGUUGCCCGGAGCUUCCCUUUGCCGCCUCGUCCCUCCCUUUCAAAUUGCAAGAACCGCGUAUUGGCCAGAAGAUAUAUUCCUCCCUCCUCCGUCUGCGAACCCCUCCUCCUUCUGCAAACCCUCUUCUUCAUUCUCUCUCUCUGUGUCUCUCCGAGAAACCCAGAAGCCUGCGAGCUCGUUCGCCCCCGCAUUCUCUCCCCCUCCCUCUCUCCAAGAAACCCAAGAGACCCUUUGACGGAUAGUUGCGAAUUCCGGUCGUUGUCGGCGUCCUUGAUGGCGAAGCGCCGGCGAACCGAAAUAGCCAGGAUCGCCGACCCGGCUGCCCGGCUCGUCACCUAUUCGAAGAGGCGCAAGGGGCUCUUCAACAAGGCGUCGGAUCUCUGCCGCCUCUGCGGCGCCCGCGCCGCGGUGGUCGUCUUCUCCCCCGCCGGCAAACCCUGCUCUUUCGGCGACCCAUCGGCCGAUCAAAUUAUAUCCGACUACCUCCGAGGCGGCGGCGGCGGCGGCGGCGACGACGGCGAGGUGAUGCCGCCAAUGGGUCUGACCCAGUGGGCGGAAUGGGUCCAAACGGAGUGGGACGCUUGCGCGACCGAGGAGGACCUCGAGUCCCUGAUUAUGAAAUACGAAGCCGUCCGCGACUGUGCGCGCGAAAAGCUGAAGGCGCUGGAGGAUGAUUCGCGAGUCAAGGUCGGCGCGGCCGAUUCGCACGAAUUGAGCGACGAGGAGAUAGAUUCGAUAUUCGAGAGUCUCAAAGGUCAAAUCCCAGCGCUUGCGGCUCUCUUGACGGAAGGCGAUGGUUUCUCGACUUCGCCGGAGGACCCGGCCGCCGGCGACGGAAGUUUGGCAGUGGAGCCCACCCCCACGCCCUCUGAUCUUGGGGAUUAUGGGUUUGAUCCGGAUGACUUUCUCAAUCUCUUGGAGGACUUCGACGGCCACGGCGAUGGAUUCUUGACUUCGCCGGAGGACUUGGCCGCCGGCGAUGGAAGUUUGGCAGUGGAGCCCACUCCCGCGCCCUCCGAUCUUGGGGAUUAUGGGUUUGAUCCGGAGGACUUUCUCAAUCUCUUCGAGGACUUCGAUGGCCGCGGCGAUGGUUUCUUGACUUCGCCAGAGGACUCAGCCGCCGGCGAUGGAAGUUUGGCAAUGGAGCCCACUCCCGCACCCUCCGAUCUUGGGGAUUAUGGGUUUGAUCCGGAGGACUCUCUCAAUCUCUUCGAGGACUUCGAUGGCCACGGCGGUGGUUUCUUGACUUCGCCGGAGGACUCGGCAGUCGGUGGCUGAAGCUCGAGAGUGAAUGGAUAUGAUCUCCAUGAUUUUGCGGCACUUGAAGAGUUGGACGUCCGUCUGUGAAUACAAAGACACGUCUUUCUCCAUUCUUUGUACAGCAGUGUCCCGAGCGUUUUAUGUCUCGGAUUCUUCAUCUUUGUUAGAUUUUUGUAUACGUGAGGAUGAACAGGGUAGAAAUUAGGGUAUGUUCAAUUCUUGAGUUGAGAUAGGAUUAAUCAAUAAAAAUUCGAUUUUUUGUUCUA